AUGAGCGGUGGCGUCGCAGAUUUGUCCUAUUACUGCUUGUAUAAAGACUCGAGUUCGCAAGCAAUCAUCAUCCCUACACCACUCCCCGUCACUGCCGCCCCCUCUUCAAUUACCGUUACCAUGUCGCGGCCAGUUUCAGCACUGACCCCUGUCAUCCCUCGAUCUCGUGCAACGCAUCCCAACCUUCACAUCCGCACCGCUCACGAUGCCCAUGUUGUUUUUGAGGCAGUGAGACGUGGCCUCUUGCCCAUGAUCACACACCGUCUCAGUGCGGCCGAUCGUGAUUUGCUUCGCUCCGGAGAGGUCUUCUGUUGGGAGGAAGCAGAUUACAAAGGAGGUCUCGAGAGAUGGACGGACGGGCGGAAAUGGAGCCAGUCCCGGAUGCGCGAACCCUUCUUGUUCUACACCGAGAAUGUCAUGAUGACUCCUGAAGAAAAGGAAGCCAAGGCAGCGAGACGUGCCCGCAAGCCAUCCGAUUCUCGCGAGCGUAGCAAGGCUCCCCAGCCUUUCAGGCGACAGGAUCGCCCUGCCAAACCAGAUGGCCUUACAAAACAGACUUAUUCGGCUUGGGUCACCCUUCCUGGUACAACUACUGCUCGCAAAUGGCACUUGACUGCAUACUUCACUGGCAAUGACUACCACGGCCUCCCGACUGUCGACCAGGAUCCACUACUAUCGCAAAUAAUCGUGCCACUGAACGUAUACGUCACCGGCAAAGGGCUGACAAGGAAAUCCGACAGACGGCCCCCAUCGCAAGAUCUGGAUAGCGAAUCUAGGUUGAGUCCGGAUCUGGACCAACGAAGCUCGGUGUCGUCCGACUGCGGCGUGUCCCCGUUGACCCCCUCUCCCAUAUCAUCCUUUACCCAGUAUCGCAACAGUGGCUCGUACUUGGGCAAGGGAAGCGACCCAACGACUAGUCCAUGGUCAGCAUCGUCGACGCUAUCUUUGGUCUCGAGUACUCCCCCAUUGCCAUCCCCCCUCCACCAACCACAGUCGACUCCAUACGCUGGCUAUUUCUCUCAGGGUGUUCCUGCGCAUGCACCUCAAUCAUACCCUACAGGUAAUCGCGUACUCCCUCCUCCCAGUGCAUUAGCCUCCUGGAGGGAUGAUGCUGAACAGAUCAACACCUCGACGCCCUACAGCAGCCAACCGUCGCAUAAUGCCUACGGCAACCGUUCCUCUAUAGAUCAACGUGCUGUCUCGGCUUUCCGAAUUCAACUCUGA